UCUAAAAGAGCUGGUAGGCUCCAUGUAGGGCGUGCUAUGACAGCGUCUUUACUCCUCCAUUCCCGCUGGAUUGACCCGGUGAUGUUUCUCUAUGACAACGGCUUGGAUGAUAUGAACAAAAACAUGGAAGGAUUUGUGGGAGGAAAUUAUGCUGCGAAUCAGUGCAGGAAUCUUAUUGCCCACCCGUCUUCUUUGGCCCCGAGCACAACCUACACAUCGAGUGAGGUAUCAGGGUCGGGCAUGGGAGAAACUGUCAAACAAUGUAGUCCCUGUUCAGCCGUGCAGAAUUCUCCCGGUGCUUCUUUGCCCUAUGGAUAUUUCGGUGGCAGUUACUAUCCGUGUAGGGUGCCCAAGCCCUGCACGCAGCCCACCUCUUAUGGGGAAAAAUACAUGGACUCAUCUGUUUCUGGAGAGGAGUUCCCUUCUCGGGCUAAGGAAUUUGCCUUCUACCAGGGUUACUCGUCUGGCCCAUACCAGCCUGUACCGAGUUACCUUGAUGUACCGGUCGUACCUGCGCUGAGCGCCUCUGCGGAACCUAGACACGAGACUCUUCUGCCCGUUGAGACUUACCAACCCUGGGCGAUCACGAACGGAUGGAGCAGUCCGGUGUACUGCCCAAAAGACCAAACACAGUCCAACACCCUAUGGAAAUCGACCAUUCAAGACAGUGUGUCGGGUACCGAUGGAGCCUCAGGUCGUCGAGGGAGAAAGAAGCGGGUUCCCUACACCAAGGUUCAGUUAAAGGAACUAGAACGAGAAUAUGCCACAAAUAAGUUCAUCACUAAGGACAAACGAAGAAGGAUAUCUGCUCACACAAACCUGACCGAACGACAAGUGACCAUCUGGUUUCAAAACAGGCGGGUGAAAGAGAAGAAAGUGGUCAACAAGUACAAGGGCAUCAGUUAAAACUGAAAUAUGCUACCAAAAGGGUAUACAUGGAAGCACCGUAAACAUUAUUUAUUCUGAAAUACAUUCCGUCAUCUGUUUAAUUUCAAGAGACAGUGCGCAGAUGCGCGGGAGUGAAAAUAUAUUGAUAAAAGGCGAAGAAACUGCUCAAAACAACAUAUUCACCACUUCUUUUUAUUCUUUUUUAUCUAUGACGUCUUUGAGAGAAAGACGUGAGAGGAAUGUAGACAAAACUAUUUUCACCACAUUGAGAGGAAGUCAUUGAAACAGAUAAAACCAUGGCAAUUUCUGUAUUUGUAUUUUAUUUGAUUAUUGACACCACACAACUGUACAUUUGAGACUGUGGAUUUGCAGGCUACGCUGAUCGAGGAGGCGAUAAUGUAAAUUCUUGAAAAUUUAAUUUGAACCAAGCCAUGAUAGAUUAGCCUACGUUUUUUUUAACCACAUAAGCAUAUUUGUAAAUAAAAGCCCCUUCCAGACACCUUGCGAAAUGUACAAAUUCUCCUGUGUUACUGCAGAUAAUAUGCAAAUAAAUCUUCCCAUACUAA